AUGGAGUCUCGAGAGAGGAGAAUUCAUCUCUCCAGAGCUCUUGAGCUCUUGAGAGCAAUUGAAGAAUCAAGAUUUGCUGUCAUCAUUUUCUCUAAAAACUACGCUUCGUCGAGUUGGUGUUUGACUGAACUAGCAAAGAUCGUCGAGUGCAUGGACAAGAAGAAGUUGACAAUUCUGCCUGUUUUCUAUGAUGUGGAUCCUAGUGAUGUGCGCAAACUGAAGGGGACUUUUGCAGAAGCUUUUGCGAAACAUCUCAACGAUAACAAUGAGAAUGUGCAAACUUGGAAAGCUAUUGUGACAAAAGUUGCUGGUAUCUCAGGAUGGGAUUUACAGGAUGAGAGUGAAUCAACAGUUAUUGAAAAAAUCAUUCAAAGGAUAUCUCUUGAACUGGAUCAUAAAUUCUCAAGUGUUUUCGAGCACCUGGUAGGAAUGGAUUCCCGUGUUAAGGAAAUGUUGAAUUUAUGCAUGAAGGAAGGGUUGGAUUGUGUCCGCUUCAUUGGGAUUUGUGGGAUGGGUGGAAUCGGGAAAACAACUCUUGCCCGAGUAAUUUAUAAGAGAAUUUAUAGUGCCUUUGAAGCUUGCAGCUUUCUUGAUAAUGUUAGAGAAGAUGCCAAAAUUAAAGGUUUAGUUUCUUUACAAAAAACACUUCUUUCUAAGAUCUUCAUAGGAUCUGAAAUAAAUAUAAAUGAUUUUAAUGAAGGAAUUAAUGUUAUAGGCACUAGACUACGCAAUAAAAAGGUUAUUAUUAUUCUUGAUGAUGUGGACAAAAAACAACAACUAGAAGCAUUAGUAGGGAAUGAAGGUUGGUUUGGUCAAGGGAGUAUAAUCAUUGUAACAAGUAGAGAUAGGCAUUUGUUGAGAAGGCAUGGAGUGAAACAUAUAUAUGAAGCUAAGGAGUUGAAUGAAGGUGAAGCUUUGGAGCUUUUUAGUUGGAAGGCUUUCAAGAAACCUCAUCUUGAAGAAAAUUAUGUGGAUUUGUCUAUGGAUUUUGUGAAAUAUGCUAAUGGCCUUCCUUUAGCUCUUGAAAUUUUAGGUUCUUCAUUGUUUGGUAGAAAACCUGAUGCAUGGAGAAGUGCUCGAGAUAAACUAGAAGCAAAACCUAAUAGAGGCAUUAUGGAAAUACUUCAAAUAAGUUUAGUUGGGCUCGAGGAUACACAGAGAGAAUUGUUUUUAGAUAUUGCAUGUUUCUCCAAAGGAGGGUACACAUAUUUCGUAAGAGAUACUUUAGAAAGUUUAGGUCAUUAUCCUGACUAUGAUAUUGAUGUUCUCAUCAACAAAUCUCUCAUAGCCAUUGUAUCAAAUGGAAUUUUAUGGAUGCAUGAUUUGCUACAAGAAAUGGGUCAAGAGAUUGUUCGUUGUGAAUCCCCUAAAGAGCCUGGUAGACGUAGCAGGUUAUGGUGUUAUAAGGAUGUCUUGCAUGUACUGAAAAGUAAUACUGGAACAGAGUUUGUUGAAGGUAUAGUCCUAAAGAUGCUUGUAGAUAAAAAUGAACACUUGAGUGCUGAAGCCUUCUCAAAGAUGAACAAUUUGAGAUUGCUUAAAAUUGGUUAUGUGGAACCUCCAGAAGGCUUUAAUAGAGGUCAUGUCCAACUUCCACAAGGCCUAAGUUAUCUUUCUAAUGAGCUACGCAUAAUAGAUUGGUAUGGAUAUCCUUUAAAAUCCAUGCCAACCAAUUUCCAACCAAAUAAACUUGUUGAAUUGAGAAUGCAUUGCAGUGGCAUCAAACACUUAUGGAAAGGAAUUAUGAUUUUAGACAAGUUAAAACUCAUUGACUUGAGUGACUCUCAAAACUUAAUUGAGAUCCCAGACCUUAGUGGAGCCUCAAAUCUUGAAAAAUUAAUUCUUCAAUGUUGUACAAGACUAUAUAAGAUUCAUGCAUCUGUUGGAGAUCUCAAAAAGCUUAUACGAUUGGAUCUGAAUGGUUGCAAAAACCUUUUAAGUCUUCCUAUUGCAAUUUGUAGUUUGAUGUCUCUAAAAACUCUCAAUUUAUCUGGCUGCUCGAGACUUGUGAAAUUGCCAGAGAACCUUGGAAAUGUUGAAGGCCUAGAGGAGCUAGAUGUGAGUGGAACUGCUAUAAGAGAGCUAUCUUCAUCCACCAUUCUCUUAAAAAAUCUCAAAAAACUAUCUGUCGGUGGAUGUGAUUUUCUAUUAUCUAAACCAUCCAAUAAGCUCCUCAAUUUUCCUUUAUUGCAAAGGAGUCCAAAUUCCAUGGGCAUGUUAAUGCAUACUUUAUCAAGCUUAUCCUCUUUGAUAGAUCUUAAUCUAAGUUAUUGCAAUCUUCACACAGUCCCUGAUGCUAUUGGCUGUUGUUUGCCCUCUUUAAAUUAUUUAAAUCUAAGGGGAAAUAAUUUCGUUCUCCUUCCUGAAAAUAUCAUUCGAUUAUCAAAUCUAUACACUCUUUUUUUGAGUGAUUGCAAGGAUCUACAAUUACUACCAGAGCUUCCAUUAAAUAUUAAGUAUUUUGAGGUAGAAGGUUGUACUUCGCUGGAAGCAUUACCCUUAAGACCGGAAGAUGUUUUUAGUCCCCAUCUCUAUCUUAUUAACUGCGUCAAAUUGAUCGACAAUCAAGGUUUCGGUGACAUGUUCUCAACAAUGCUUGCACGUUACAUUCAGAGACCUGAUGAUUUAGGUUACCAAAAUUUUAUUAUACCUGGAAGUGAAAUUCCGAAAUGGUUUAGCCAUCAAAGUGAGGGGACUUCACUGAAUCUGCAUGGGCCUUCAGGUUUUGUGGGAAUCGCUGUGUGUGUUGUUUUUGUAAUCCGCCCCCAUCAUUCACUUCACCAACCUCCUUCGGAAUUUUAUAAAGCUACACAUUGGGUUAAAAUUUUAUUUCUUGUCAAUGGAUCUGAAAUUUUAGAAACCUUAAAGGUUGGUCUUUCCGAACAAUUUGGUAAGAUUGAUUCAUAUCACCUUUGGAUAAAAUAUUUUCCUUCCAAAAGGAAAAGGGACAAGGAAUUGAGUCAGAUUGAUGUUGAACUUAAAAUAAGCCUCGAGGGUCCAGGCUUGGUGGUGACAAAAUGCGGAGCCCGUUUCGUAUAUGAGCAAGACAUGGAAGAUCUCAAACAAAACAUGCCUGGGUCAAGCAGCUGCAUUAUCACUCCUUAUGAGGAUAAUUUAGAGGAUUCAGCAAAUGAUACCAAAAUUAAGCAAAGUUUUGAUGACUUUGAUGGAGAUGGGGCAAGACCUAGUGGAGAAGGUACUUCUAAUGAAGUAGACGACCCACGGCCAAAGUGGAUACAACACCCUAAUCUAAUUGAAAAUUGGAUUGGGAAUUUAUGCACACAAGGACAAGGUGACUCUAAUUGUGAGGAAGAGGAAUCCCCGUGACAACGGAGGCAUUGAUGACUACGCAAAGUUGAUAAACCUUCUACCUUUGAUCUUUUUUGCCUUAUACGGGGUACGAGAAAGUUUUUGGAUUUCGUUGGAAAGGAGAAACUGUGUCACAUUGCUUGCUGACGGGAAAGCAUGUACAGCUGAUUGCAUGGUAGUCAUUUUGUUCAAUUGUGUUGGAGGGUAAAUUCGGCACUCUUGUUGCUCCUUUUUUUUUUUUUUUUUUUUAAUAUUAUUUACUACAAACUUUCCUUGCCAACCCUGAUAACAUAUUAUACUAUACUGAUAUUUCAAACAUCUAUUGUGAACCUAUCUGCUCAGUUCCCCCUGUUCUGAUGGUUAUGGCCAUUCUAUUAGGAACCUUCUCACUGUAGCAUGAUGGAUAUCUAUUUAUCCAUAUUGUCCAGAGGAUACCACUGCUUUCCUGUACAAGUAACAUUCCAUGAACAUGAUCAGCUUUAUAAUCCUCUGAGAUCAUCUUCAGCCAUUGAUUUACAGAUGGAAUUGAGUCCUCUCUGAUAUUCAAGGGCAAAGCAAAGCACAAUGCACUUGCAAAUGGACAUUUGGUAAAUAAGUGGCCCAAUGUUUCUUCUCCUUCUUCACACAUUACACAUCCUGAAUUGACAGUAAUUUUUCUUUUAACAAGUUCAGUCCUAAUGGCGGAGCCCCAUUGUGUAAAAGUCACCAUCUUUCUCACUCUAAAGAAUCUUGUUUGUUCGUAGCUGUAUAUUUAUAUUUUCUUUUUAAAUUCAUUGGCAUUUGCUUGCAUUUUUCUCUUUUUAGUCAGUGACAAGGGCCAUUUUAUUGGACUUUGUUGGUGAGGACAAAUUGUCGCACUGAUAGCAGACAAGAAGAUAGGUGCAACUGGUCGUGUGCUCAUCAUUUUAGUUCAAUUAUGCGAUGGUAAAAUCCACAUUCUUUUUAGUCUCUCUUUAUAGUAUUUAUUACAAUUUUCCAUGGGAGAAUGCAAUAGAUGCUUGCAAUCCCAGUGUUGUAAAAUUAAAUGGAAAGAAGAAAAUUGCAAAAAUAUGCACUCUUGUUGCUCUCGAUGAAUAUUAUUAAUUUCUUUCUGUAAAAUGUUUGUAGUUGAGGGAUUAUCUGCUAUCAAUUUAACGAUUCAUCUUUAUUAAGGAUUCAAUUGCUAAAAAUUGGCCAAGCUUGACAGUGCAGAAUUUGCCGUCACAUUGAGGUUCCAGUUGUAAGCUACUUCCCACUUUUGAAUGUGCUGAUCAAGAGCUAGAAGGGUUUGGGCAAACAAUCAUUAAGUGCUCUCCUGAGCUUUCUCACAAUAUGGAUUUCAUCCAUCAAUCCGUAGCAAGUGAUACUUCGAAUGAUAAGCAAAAGAGUGAAGUUGGUUGCUCCUAUGAGGACCCAUAUCCUGGAAGGUUGAGAAGACUUCUUUAUCCGGAGCAGAUCAUUAGAAAUAACAUCUAUUUUGAGGACUAACACCCUGAUAAUCAACUCCACCAAAAUGAUUUAAUGAGGGGGGAUUGAAGACAUAGCAGUUAUUGGUGUUACUAGCAUGGACUGUCAUUGGAUCGGUUGAACGCAAGAAAGGCUUUGUCAUUGAUUUAAGAACUUCUAUAUAUGUAGUUUGUAUACUUUAAUUUGUUGGAAUGGACCUAGAUAAGUGAUAUCACCACCUGAUUAUAAUACAAUACAAAAUGUCCUUCAUUCGACGACAAAAAAAUUUAUUAAUUGAGCUAAGUCGUUUUAAUUGUUGU